AUGGCUACUUCCAAGUUUUUGCAGGUCCUUUGGAACCAUCCAGCAGGCCCUAAAACCAUACAUUUUUGGGCACCAACAUUCAAAUGGGGAAUUAGCAUUGUUAAUAUUUCUGAAUUUUCAAAGCCACCAAAUUCAGUCUCAUAUCCUCAGCAAACAGCAUUUGCAAUUGCUGGAUUCAUAGGUGCCCGUUACUGCACAGUUAUCACUCCCAAAAACUGGAACCUUUUCACUAUCAACUUUGCAAUGGGGUGUACAGGUAUUUAUCAACUUGCUAGAAAAACUCGACAUGACUACUUUGUGGAUGAACAAACUGCUAUUGCAAGUGAUGAAUGA